AAAUGCUGCCGGUCGCAGAGAAUUAGUGUGGACAUGCUGCUUGAUCACUGAGCCUCCAACCAUUUCCCCUUUCUCCCAACAGUUUACCAUCAUCUUCAUCAGCCAUGGGUGUUGCCUACAGCGUCGUAGAGGUGGACCAUUUCAACACUUUCUUUGUGCAGUUGUCCCCACAAAUCUACACUAAGGGCAACAAGAGGCAUCGCAAACCCCGCUUCCUGUUCAGCGAGAAACACCAGAAAGGCUUUCUUGUAGUGGAGAAUGAGAAGGCUGCUGUGAUCAACAAGCUCCUCAGUGACCCUGUCUACCCCACUGCUAACAACUGGGAGAUUAUCACAGUAAAGGACCCCAAGCGGCGCCUGAGUCUUUGCAGCUCAGGAUACUCGGAGGGGCCGGAUUACCAGGAGGAAGUUGAAGAUGCUCUUCCUGUUCUGAGCGACGACAGCCAGCUGUUUGAAGACCACCACCUGGAGAAACUUACUGCUCACAUGCCAGUGAGGACCCAGGUCCAUCCCUGGCAGCUGGUCUACAGCACGGCCAUCCACGGGAGCAGUCUAAAGACUCUGUACAGGAAUAUGGCGGGUCUGGAAAGCCCUGUGCUGCUGGUCAUCAAAGACACACACAAAAAGGUGUUUGGGGCUUUUUCUUCCGAUCCAUUUAAAGUCAGUAAAUACUGCUACGGCACGGGAGAAACCUUCCUGUUCAGCUUCAAUCCUGACUUCCAGGCAUACAAAUGGAGCGGUGAGAAUUCCUACUUUGUGGGAGGCAACUUGGAAUCUCUGCAGAUUGGCGGAGGAGGGGGUGGAUUUGGCCUGUGGCUGGAUUCUGAUUUGUACCACGGCUCAAGCUUCUCCUGUCCCACCUUCAAUAACGAGUCUCUCUCCACCAAGGAAGACUUUAUCGUACAAGACCUCGAAGUCUGGACUGUGCAGAGAUGAUGGUAGAACAUCUUAGAAGAUGAGCUUAAAACAAAAGCAGAAGCCACUGUCCUGUUUGGAGUUAGAACAUGCCAAGACUUCAAGGAGCAUGUGUGGUUUAAGCCACUGCUGUAAAAAACCUGCUAGAAUAGCUGCUAUCAUCGGUGUAGCCGGCUCAGAUCAGCCCACAUACAGUAGAAGCCUGUUCUAGCGCUUCUCUGGCUGUCUGUUUCCGCUGGCUCAACCUGUGCCUGUUAAAGACAAGAGGCAAUCCUGCAAUCCAGGGUGCUGCUGUCUUAAACGGCAGGCUAUUCUGGCUGCUGCUUAGACCAGUUAGCAACUGGCGCUUUAAGCCCUACAUGCCAUCCUUUUGCUUUGGGAGCAUUAUAAUACAAAGUUCACAGUAACACUGUUGAACAAAAAGUGUCUAACUACUGCAAGCACAUUCAGAAUUUCAGGGAAAACUAUUCCAAUUUUCUUUCAGCCAUGUGUGUUUGAGACAUUUCAAAAAGCGUAUUUAAAGUAUUUAUCUGCGUGAAAGUUGGUGUAAGAAUAAGUGUACACAUAUUCUAUUAUUAUGACAAACAAACUUGAAGACAGAAAGAGACAACAAACUAAACUAAAGGGCACAUUUUUCACAUCCUGGUAAAACGCUUCAACAGAUGCACUCUGGAAUAUGUUUGUAAUUUGUUGUUUUCUAUCUUAAAAAGGCUUGUUUUAAAUGUUGUCGUUUUUGAAAACUAUACUGCUGCAGUUCGAACCACUCAGGUUAAGAAAAGUUAAUGAUAGAGUUGCCCAACAAACUUCUUUACUUUCUGUGAGGUGUGUGGUUAUACAUAUAAAUAAAGGAAGAGACCUCAACUGUUAA